CACUCCUUCCCUUACAAAUGCUCUAGCACAAUCUCUAUGGUUUUCAUGCAGUUUGAGUGGUGACUUCGAGAUGGAAGCAGCAUUUGUGUUUAUGCUCUAAUCAUUCCUCCAGGCUUUUCCCCCCUUUUUCGUAAAGGAAAAAGAAGGAAAAAAAAAAGAAAAAAAAGAAGAAGAUGAUCCUAAAACAAACAAGUUUUAAUAACCCAAGACAACUGCUUUAAUAUAACAGCCACCAACUCUCAGGAAGCCAAGGAUAUUGCUAGCACUGCAGCAGAUGCGGAGCCACAGAACAUCCUUUGCAUCCAGUAGGCUUGCAGAACUGAACCUAGAGAAAUGCAUCAAAGGAGAACUUCACAGUCAUUUACUUAUUUUUAAGGAUACAUAAGGAAUCAUGGUGAGCAAGGAGGGGGAGAAAUGCGUGCUGACAUCCUCAGAAAGUGAAGCUGAACCAGCUGUUUCCUUAGCCUUAGAAAUGAAAUAUGCAUUGGACCCCAACCGGCAGAUCAAGAAGAGGAAUAAAGCCCUUCAAGUAAGGUUUAAAGAUAUUUGCGAAGCUCAGAACGAGCAGAGGGAUAAACAGCUUUCCACAGUGCCACAGAGUGAGAAGGAAGGAAAGUCUUCUUCUUAUAAAGCUUACCGGAAGUACAUGACAGUGCCUGCCCGACGGUCUAUACCCAACGUUACCAAGAGCACAGGGGUUCAGACUUCACCAGACCUGAAAAAGCGAUAUCAGACUUUUCCACUGGACCGCAAAAAAGGGAACCUGUUGAAAAAUGCCUCGGGAGCUGAUACAAUGAAGGGCCAGAACAAUGGAUUCGUAAUAGAGGUCAAGGAUACAAAAGAUAAAAGCUCAGGGGAGUCCAACCAAUGCCGCAGGGUUGGUGAAAGAGUGGUCGCUGAUCUCAUGGUGCAUUCUAGUGAAAAUAUGGAUGUUGUCCCAUCAAGCAAUUGCUCAGAUGCAUGUGGAAGCACUGAUUUGCACAGCUGUACUAAAGAAUCCCCCCCUCUUCAAAACCCAGCAAUCUCCACUUUGGAACAGGCCAUCUGCCAUUUGCAUGAACCCACCAAACACGACAAAAGGCCAUUGGGGAACACGCAGUCCCACCACCCGCCACAUGUUAAGGUGCUUCUAAAAGAGGAAGCCACUAUCCACUCCCCUACACUUAACCCAAAUUUAACAGACCCCGAAGACUUUAGUGACACAGAGCGGACAGUCUGUCCGCUGACAGAUGCAGAAGACAAAAGAACUAGUCAUCUUAAUGGCUUGCAAGGCCAAGAUGUAAACCCCAAGGCCUGCACGGCACAGUCACAGUGUCAAACAACGGAAUGUAAUGAGCAGGCCCUGCAGAUAAAGGUUUUACCCACGGAUAAAAAUCAGCCUUGUCAGUCGACGGUUGCUUUGAGUGAUGAAUGCCAACAAAUCGUGCCUCACAAAGACGUGACAGACUUAAAAGCACAGCUUCAGACCAUGGAAACCCUGAUCAGCUCUAGUCAGGAAACAAUUAAAGUGCUUUUGGGUGUGAUUCAGGAGCUGGAGAAGGGAGAAGCUCACCGAGAGGGGCUUUCAUAUCGAACUGGGCAAGACACAGCAAACUGCGACACAUGCAGGAACAGCGCAUGUAUUAUUUACAGUGUUGAACUGGAUUUCAAACAGCAAGAAGACAAACUCCAACCAGUGUUGAAAAAACUCCAUCCCAUUGAGGAAACUCAGGUUGCACCUUUGCCUUACCCUGCCGAGAGUUACACAUCAACUCCCAAGCAAAAAUCCAAAACAGAAUCUAAAAAACACGGAAGAUGGAAACUCUGGUUUCUUUAGCAAAGUCUGCUGAAUACUGAGCCUUGGGCCAUCUUAGGCACACGUGUGAAAUUCAACAGUUCACUCAAAAAAAGGAUCUUGUUAACUUGAUGUUAUCAAGAAGUAAAAUGGUUGGGCAGUAUGCAGAUACCUACUGUGCGUACCAAAAAGGCCUUUAUACUUGCAACUCAACUUGCAGGAGCAAGGUAUAAAAAAAUAAAUAAAAACAAACACCACAACAUGCCAACUUUUACUAGCAUUUCAGUUUUUGGGAUACAAAAUCUGGAUUUAAAAUCUGAAUUACCAAAUGCGAAGAAAAAGAAAAAAAAAUAUGGUUGGAAGUUUGAAUUGCUUCCUUUUUUUCCUAUUGGUUCAGCAUAAGCAACGCAUAUAAUUUGCUUCCGGAUUCUAAAGCCUUUAUGUUUCAAAUGAAUAGCAGAAGAAAGAUUUUAGCCUUACAGUAGAAGGGGUCUUUCAUUUUUAAAUUUUCUUGUGAAAUCCAAGCAGGGGAUAUGUGCAAUUCUCAGCACAUCAAAAUCUGGAGAAAGCACAAAUUUUCAAGUGGUCGGAGACCAGUGAAAAUCUCAAAGGUGUGACUAAGUGUGUGUAUUUGCCUUCCCGUGCUAAAGAAUAAUUGAUUUCAGUCAUUCUCAUGCUAUGUUUAAUGUUCUAGAAAAAAGACAUUGAAUCUGAGCAAGUGCAAAAAGCCAGUCAUAUCCCAAAGUCAGAACAUGCCUUUAAUCUCAUUGUUCGUUGACAGGGUCAAGGCUACGGGACACUGUUUUCUUAGACCUAAUUUCUUAUGGUUUCCUACCCCAAAAAGCCCAAACUAUUACAAAUAUAUAUUUAAAUUCUAACUAAAGUUGGAAUAUUGUUGGUCUGAAAUAGUUUUUUAUUCUGAAGUUUCCAAUGCCAUAUCAUUAUACAAGAAGCCAAUAUUUAUUUAUCUAUUUAUUUUUAAUUCUUAUCUUAGUUUGGCACUAUGUUUGUUAUAAAUGGUCAUACAAAUUGACAUUUUUUUUUUUCAAUAAAAAAAAUUAUGAUUUUGAGAAAUGUAAUAUACAUUAUUCUAUGUCAGUUAGUUAAAAACAGAAGUUAUGUAUAUUUAUAUUUUUUAACCAAUUUGAAAUGAAAGCAAUUUAAAAUAACCUUAAUAUUUAAAGAACACCGUGUUAAAUUAUAAGUUUCUCUUAUUAGCAAAAAAAAUUGCAAUCUUUAGGGUUGAUUGUAAUCAUUUUGAAAAAUAUGUAUAAGAUAAGGAAUAAUGCAACUGUUAUAUGCCACUCAAUACACUAGAUCCUGUGGCUAAACUUUAUUUUUGAAGUCUUAAGAAAGAAGUCUCGAAGGAAGUCUAUAUAAUAUUUUAAGCAAUUUGAAAUAAUUGCAAUAUGCCUUAUGGCCAAGUUUAUUUAAAGCUUUAGACAUUUUUUUCUGCAGCAUUUCUGAAAAUAUCUGCCUCCCAGAGAGCUUCUUAAAGCUUUUAAAAAAUAUAUAUUUUUCUGCUUAUAUUGAUAAAUAAGUGUAGCUGUAUACAGGUUUGAAUUGUUUAAACCAUUAGGUCAUCUAGCAUCACAAUUUCACUUAAUACAAAUAGUUUAACAUACAAAGUCACGUAAUAAGUCCAUGAACAUUGAAAAGGCAUAAAUAAAAACCAAUAGAAUAUAGAGAUCUGGUUACUACAUUUGCAAAUGCACCAUCUAUUAUACAAAUAAUUUAUAAUAUCUUCUUAUGCCUACAAAAGGAAGAAUUGAAGAUAAAUCAUGUGGCAAGCACUGUUCUAUAUUUUCAAGAGUUUAAUCUGUGCGUGGGAGAGAAUUUUAGCUUUCCAACCUGGAAUAUAAAUACUAUGUACUAGGUUGUUGUACCCAAACACAGUUGUAGAAUGUGAAUCAAACUAUUUUUCAAAAACUAUGUAUUAAAUGGUGAAGAUGCUGAAAAGGUAUAGAUUUAUAAAAUUGAAAUGAAAAAGUUAAAAUUCAUCUAGGCAGGUUUCAAGGUAAAAAGCUAUCAUGUAGAAGGUGCUUUUUUUUCUAUCACUAUGUGAUAAUUUGAAGCUAGUGUGAGGAUUGUGCAUUUUUCAUUAAUAUUGUACAAAAUUGUAAUUAUGCCCAGGUAAAAAUAUGCUUUAUUGGAUAUGUCAGACUUGCUUAAUAGGGCUACUAAAAUUGUACAUAAAAAAUAUUAAAUUAUUUUUGUGUAUAAAACUAGUAUGUGUAAAAGGAAUAGUGGUUAUGUGCCAAGAAGGAAGUGCAAUUGUUUCACUUGAUGGGUGGGGUUGAAAAAAAUGCUACUGUAUUUUUUAAUGUUUUUUAAUUAAAGAUACAUAUGUUUAUAUUGCACAAUUAAAACAAUGUUUUAAAGUCCCCAAAUAAAGUAUUGCCCAUAAAUUAUGAA